AGGCGUCGUCAUCGGCAUUUCGUUAUCUUGAUUGUGUAAAAAAUUUGCGCAGAGUAAGUUCAAGCGGCGUCCAACGCAAGCAGCGAGCACGAUGGCUGACGCAGUGUUGCCCCCCGAGCUAGAAGCUCUUGUCACGCCAUUUCGAGCAAAAGUCAAGGAACAGGGUGAUAAGAUACGUGAGCUGAAAGCAAACGGAGCUCCAGCACUGGACAUAGCAGAAGCCGUCACUGAGCUCAAGCACCGACGGAAACUGCUCGAAGACAAAGUCAUGGAACUCACUCCGAGUAGCAGUGAGCAGGAGUCAAAGUUUGACAGGAUCAAGAUGGAGGAGUUGUUGAAACGAAGAUUUUUCUAUAUGCAAUCAUUUUCUAUUUAUGGAGGUGUCGGAGGACUUUAUGACAUGGGCCCGGUGGGUUGUGCUCUGAAAGCAAACGUGUUGAAGGAGUGGAGAGACUUCUUUAUUCUCGAAGAAGGCAUGUUGGAAGUGGAUUGCUCGAUUUUAACUCCGGAACCUGUGCUUAAAGCGUCCGGUCACGUGGAUAGAUUCUCCGAUUAUAUGGUCAAAGACACAAAAACUGGCGAAUGUUUCCGCUUGGAUCAUCUCAUAAAAGGUCAUCUGGAAAAGUUGGGUGCUGAUAAAAAAGCCACUGCGGAAGCGAAAGCCAAAUAUGUUUCCAUAUCUACCAGACUCGAUGGCAUGAGCAUGGAAGAAAUGAAAGAUAUCCUGCGUGAGUAUGACAUGAAGAGUCCUACAACAGGGAAUCCCGUCUCCGAUCCCAUGGAAUUCAACCUUAUGUUCCAAACUGAAAUUGGACCAACGGGAAACUACAAAGGGUUUUUACGGCCCGAAACUGCGCAGGGAAUUUUUGUUAAUUUCAAGAAGCUUCUUGAGUUCAAUCAAGGAAAAUUGCCUUUUGCCGCGGCCCAAAUCGGCAACGCAUUCCGCAAUGAAAUCUCACCGAGAUCUGGUUUGAUUCGAGUCCGUGAAUUCACCAUGGGUGAAAUUGAACAUUUCUGCGAUCCGACUAACAAAGAUCAUCCGAAAUUUUACCAAGUGAGAGAUCGAAAGGCAACUUUCUUCUCUGCCUGCAACCAGAUGGAUGGACAGCCACCUGCUCAACUGACCUUCGGUGAAGCCGUCGACUCCAAACUGGUUGCUAACCAGACUCUUGGCUACUAUUUGGCGAGAUUGCACAUGUUCUUGGAAAGAAUCGGUAUUGAUCCUGCAAGAUUGCGCUUACGACAACAUAUGGGCAACGAAAUGGCUCAUUAUGCUUGUGACUGCUGGGAUGCGGAAAUAAAAACUUCUUAUGGAUGGGUGGAAUGCGUUGGAUGUGCUGACCGGAGUGCGUAUGAUCUUACUCAGCACACCAAAGCCUCGAAAACGAAGCUUUGUGCCGAAAAAAGCUUGCCGGAACCUGUGAUGGUCGAUGUACUCAAGGUGACACCAAAUAAGCAACUUCUUGGAAAGACGUUUAAAGCCAAAGCAAAGGUUGUUCUUGAGAAGAUCGAAAGUUUGGAUAAGGAGGAAGGAAAGAGGCUGAAAGAAGAAUUGGAGACGAGCGGAACUUCAAAAGUUACUGUGAACGAUGAAGACUUCGAAAUCACGAAGGAAAUGAUAAAAAUAUCCGAAAUUCAAGAGAAGAUAAGCGUGGAAGAAUUCGUUCCUUCGGUUAUCGAACCGUCUUUUGGAAUUGGUAGAAUAAUAUACUCGUUGUUGGAACAUUCCUACAAGGUCAGGGAUGAAGACGAACAGCGAGGGUACUUCACAUUGCCUGCAAUUGUUGCGCCGUUCAAGUGCAGCGUAUUGCCGCUCAGCGGUGCUGACGAACUGCAACCGCUGGUCCAGUCUCUUUCCAAUGAACUGAGAAAAGCUGGGGUUUCGCACAAGAUUGAUGACGCUAGUGGAUCGAUUGGUAAACGAUACGCGAGAACCGACGAAGUUGCGAUCCCGUUCGGAGUCACCAUUGAUUUUGACUCGGUUAGAAUCUCUCCAGCGACAGUCACACUCCGUGAACGAGAUUCCAUGGACCAAAUAAGGCUUCCUUUGGAGGAUUUAGCUAGAGUCGUCUCGGAUUUGUCGGAUGGUAGGACUACGUGGAAAGAAGUUGAAGCGAAGUACCCGAAAUUCACACAGCAGCAAACAGUGGACAAGAAAGAUGGAGCGGGUGAGGAGUGAUGAUUGGGAAUAAACGAGGAUCCGUUUCUUGCUCGUUUCAAGCGGUUGAAGAUCCGCUGAUGUGAAAAGAUCAUUUCUUCUAUUCUCAGCAUUGUAAAACAAAUAUAUGCGGAAAUUCGAGGAGAAAAUUCUUUUUUUAUUCUCAGACGUUGGAAAGUGUCAUUCUUCAUUCAUUUUCUCUUAUGCAGAAACAGUGUAUUUCGUGAAUUUUCACAUGUGCAACAGGGUAUUGUUCUUUCGCUAUGUAAGUGAUGGUCGCUGAAACCUGUCUGGAAUUUCAAAGCUGAAUUCGUGAUCUCGAAAUGAUUCUUGUCGAUUAUGGGGACUAAAGAAGGAAGUCUCACGGUCGAUUCGGACCAUUUUCACUACAUCAAUGAACGGCCAGUGGACGAGAUCUCGAUCAAGUUCUUCUAUAGACCCCAUACUAUUACGCUUCUUCUUCUGUCCGUGUCAUUCCUUGUCUACGUUGCUCUCACGAGGGAUGAUGGGCGAGGGUUGGAAGAAAAUAUCCGAGCUGGCUUCCUGUGCGUGGUAUUUUUCUUCCUGGUCAUAUCCGUCCUGGCCUUUCCCAACGGACCUUUUACGCGUCCGCAUCCAGCUGUAUGGCGAAUUGUCUUCGGACUUUCCGUCUUGUAUCUACUCAUCUUGUUGUUCGCGAUCUUCCAAGACUACAAAACAAUCAGGGCAGCGAUUGUUUGGCUGUUCCCGGAUCUCAAGGACUUCCGGAUUGACAUGGAAAAGGAAUAUGGAACAAAUUGUUGGAACGUAACAGUGGAAAGAAUCUGGAGCUAUAUUGACGUGUUCGCUGCGGGCCAUUUUUUUGGUUGGGUCCUCAAGGCGAUGCUUGUGCGUCACUACGGGAUCUUAUGGACAAUAUCCUUCAUGUGGGAGAUAACGGAAGUAGCCUUUGCGCACCUGUUGCCAAAUUUUGUUGAAUGCUGGUGGGAUGCCUUAAUCUUGGACGUGUUGCUGUGCAAUGGAUUUGGAAUUUACGUGGGCAUGCAAAUUUGCAAGUGGCUUGAAAUGCGGGACUAUCACUGGGAAAGUGUGAAGGAUAUUCGAGGAGCUAAACGGAAGUUGACUAGAUGCGUUCUGCAAUUCACGCCGGAGUCGUGGACGCAUGUGCGUUGGAUGGAUCCUAAUUGCUCGUAUAUGCGGUUUCUGGGCAUCUGCCAGCUCGUUGUUUUCUGGCAACUCACCGAACUAAAUACCUUCUUCAUCAAGCACAUUUUCGAAAUGCCGCCAAACCAUCCUCUUGUACUCAUCAGGCUGACCAUCAUCACUCUCGUCGUCGCACCUUCCGUCCGUCAAUAUUACUGCUAUGUUACGGACACGCGAUGCAAGAGAGUCGGAACGCAGUGCUGGGUUUACGGUGCCAUAAUGUUCACGGAAGCUUUAGCAUGCAUAAAGUUCGGGAAAGAGCUAUUUGCCCGCACGAUCCUGCUCAAUAUUUUGGCCUGGUUGCUCAUACAAUUCUUCCUUUCCGUCAUCUGUGUAUAUGUGUGUGUGCUAUGGGUGAAAAUGAGCAACGGAAAGCUUUCGCCGGGGUCGUCGCGGCCUCAUCUUGAUAGCAAUGGAGAAGAGCUUAGUUGGAGGAGGUACAGGAAAGAAAAGGCAUCGGAGAACCGACCCCAAGGGGAUGGUACUGAGUCCCGGCGUCGGAGACCAAGAAAAGACAGUGUUCAGUAUUCAGGCAGUGAAUCGGAUGACGAUGAUUCCUAUUGACGGGUGAAGGAACGAGAGAUUUUCUCGUGGCGACGUAGGAAAAUCCGCAGUGGUGAUUAUUUAGUUAUUUAGCGACGGGUCGAAUAUCAUGUUCCGUGAUCUAGUAAAGACUCGCUGAAUAUUUGACACAAAGAACUGCAAAA